ACAAUUCGUAUAAAACCACCUAUAGUCAAACUAGUACCCAGUGCAGUGGCAUCUCAACUGCCAAUUGAAACGGUCCAAUAUGAAAUCUCCGGUGCUGUUGCUCGUUUUGUGCCAAGUGGCUGCGAUUUUCAGCCAAGCUUUAGAUGCCGAUCGAACGAAAUUCACAUUCGAAUUCCUCCGGCAGAUCCACCGGGAUCAUCCGGAUGAGAACUCGAUUCUUUCUCCGUUGGCCAUCCACACGGUGCUUUCGAUGAUGUAUCCGGUAGCCGAUCCUGGUGCAGCCGCUGAAAUGCGAAGUGUUCUAGGGCUGGCGGAGAACUCGGACCAGGUGGAGUCCACGAUCCGUGAGCUGCUGGGAAGCUCAAAGAAUGAGGCUCUCAAUAUGGCCUUCAAAAUGUACCACUCGAAGCAGAACGAAAUCCGUCGGGAGUUGUUGAACACAUUCCGAGAUCGGUACCAGGUUCCAUUGGAGGCCGUCGAUUUUGAACAGGGACAACAGGUUGCGGACUCAGCUAAUGCUUGGGUUGAUCGGGUAACGGAUUCAAAGAUCCAGAAUCUGUACACUGCCGAUGAUUUCUCCCCCGACGACAGUAUGAUGCUGCUGAAUGCCAUUACAUUGAACGCCGAGUGGAAGUAUAUGUUCUUCCCGGAUAGCACCAAGAAGGAAGUUUUCCAUUUCGAGAACGGUGACCACGAGGUUGACAUGAUGUACAAUGUCGCUCAUCUGCCUUACUGCGAAACGCGAGGCUUAAGAGCACUGGAGCUCCCCUACAAAUCUAAAACCGAUUUGUCAAUGUUAAUAAUCCUACCAUCAGAAGGUACAAGCCUAAAUCAAGCCUUGGAGACUUUAAACGAACAAGUUUACGAUGAAAUUAAUAACAAUAUGAAAAUCCGUUACUUUGACCUGUUUUUCCCCAAGUUUUCCAUAACGAAGAAAACCAAAGCCAAGGACAUUUUGUCAACCAUGGGACUGAAGAGAGUUUUCCAAUCCGGUGCGUUCGAUGCUUCCAGCAAAGGACCCUUUAUGAUAACUGGUAUCAAUCAGAACGCCAGAAUCGAUGUCAAUGAGAGGGGCACCGUAGCUGCUGCCGUCACUGAAAUGAGAGGCAUAUUGACAUCCAUGCCCAGGACGCUCCGCAUCGACCGGCCAUUUGUGUAUCUGAUCCGAAAACAAUCGACCAAAGAAAUUAUUUUCAUUGGGCAUUUUUCACACUUCCAGUAGGUGAAGCAAAGGUGGUCAAAUGGAAGGAUCUCUGGUCUAGGGGAGCAUACUCUUAUAUGCCCCAUCUAAGCGAAUCGCUAAAUUUCCGUGUAAUCCAUGUACAUUUUGAGUAAAAUAACGAGAGUUACCUCGAAGCCUUAUUUGUCAUUGAAAAACCAUAGCCAAAGCCGAACUAAAUUGUGUUCUAAAUUACCGCCACUAUGUUGCAUUUUAAAAAGAGUUCAAAUUGCUGUUGUGCUCUUUGCUAACUGCUUAGACGCUAAUUGCAUAUUCGAAGGCGCUGAUUGCCUGCACAGAUUACUUCGACGGCUGGGAGAAGCUUAUCUUAAAGGCGGUUUUAAAACUUCGAAGCUGUUGUAUUUUACUUAUACAAAAGUACUGCUGAUGAAACAGCAAACUUGUGUUUAACGAAAAAUUUAGAUUUUAAUCGAUUUGUGCUGCUUUUCCUGAAAUACCGUGCCAUGAAAGCAUAAAGUGUUGCAGUUCAUUUCCCUGAUAAAAUGUCUUUCAACAAAAAAAGAGUACAUUCCACAAGAUAUUACAAAAAGAAGAGUACGCUCAUUUAUCGAUUCAGUAUUUCUCAAUUGGGCGGAGCUCUAGCGUGAUGGGAGGGUUCUUGUCCUUGGGAACCACUUGCCACCACGUUGUUGGCGGCGUACCACUCCAUGGCAUUUUUACCGUAAUGGCAAGAUGCCAAAUCCAGCCAAAACAGUACGGAACAACCGUGUUUCUUC